AUGGGUGAUCCAAAAGAAGCUGAGAAUGAUACUGCUGAUAAUGAGGCCGCAGUUGCCGAUGGAGACCUCAAUCCCAAUCUAGAAAAUGCUGCACUAGAUGAUCAGCAAUCCGAUUCCCAACUUCCUAAUGAAAAUAAAGGGGCAGAGUUGUCUGCAUUGGAUGCUGCUGGUGCUGUUAUGGGUGUCGAGACCUUCAAUUGUACAGCUGACAACCCUCAGCCUGCCCCUGGCAUUGUUGAACUUGCUCCUGUUGCUGAUGAUCCGAAUGAUGCCAACAAUCCACAUUGCUCUCCUAAGGCUGACAUAAUGCCUAGUGCAGCAGCUGCUGCUCCUGAGCCCAUCUCUGGUGAUAAAGAGUACCCUAUUCACUUUGCUGCUUGUACGGAGCCCCCAGCCAAUGGAUCAUUAGACGAUACCGGUGAAGUCUCUACCUUAAAGCGGAAAGCAGGCAAUGAAGAUGCAAAUUUCAAAUCCAGGUGUCCUGAUAGUAGUGGUGCUGAUGAUGGCACUAUUGUUGCAAAUGAUCAGAAGCCAUUUUCCACAACCAAACAUGAGGAAGACACUGUUUCUACUGUGGCUGAUCAUCAGUCUGCUGAGAACAAAGAUGAUCACGUAGGAGAUAGAGUCUCCCUGUUGACAGAGGAACUGGCCAAGGUCGAUUUCCCCGUGUACUCUAUAAUUAAGAAGGAACCUGCAAAAUCCAAGUUGGAUGAAGAAGAGCCUGGAGGUGCUCUGAGAACCCUUGGUAGAACUUUCCUUUUGGAACCUUCUUCAGACGAGGGAUACGAGUCGGGAACGGAGGAGGAACAAUUGGAGUUCAUGAAGGAAGUUGAAACUUUUUAUAGAGAUAAUCACUUGGAGUUCAAGGCCCCAAAGUUUUAUAAAGAAGAACUAAAUCUGCUUAAGUUGUGGAGAGCUGUUGUCAAACUGGGAGGCUAUGAACAGGUGACAUCAUGCAAGUUAUGGCGGCAAGUAGGCGAAUCAUUUAGACCUCCAAAAACGUGCACAACAGUCUCGUGGACAUUCAGAAUUUUUUAUGAGAAGGCACUGCUUGAAUAUGAGAAGCAUAAAAUGCGUAAUGGUGAACUUCCUUUCUCUGAUGGUAUAUCAAUUGAGGCAACAAGGCCCGAAAACCAGUCCAGUGGAAGUUUAGGAGGCCUUGUACCGGGUCGAGCACCUCGAAGAGAUGCUGCUGCUCGUGCAAUGCAGGGUUGGCAUUCUCAACGCCUGCUUGGUAAUGGCGAUGUUUCUCAACCAGUCAUUAAGGAUAAGACUUUGAAUUCUAUUUCCAAGGCUGACAAGCCAUUGAAGACAAAUGGUUUACUUAAGAGGAAGAAGCCGUCAAGUGCUGAACGUGCCAUCAGUGCAUCUCCCUUGAAGACAAUGAGGACACAAGCGGAUACAGUGGUAAUCGAUGUGGGCCCCCCUGCUGAGUGGGUGAAGGUCAAUGUACAAAGAACUAACGAUUGCUAUGAGGUAUAUGCUUUAGUUCCUGGACUUUUACGCGAGGAGGUUCAUGUUCAGUCUGAUGCAGCUGGACGCUUGGUUAUAUCUGGUCAACCAGAACAACUUGAAAAUCCCUGGGGUGUCACCCCAUUUAAAAAGGUGGUUAGCCUGCCUUCAAGAAUUGAUCCUCACCAGACAUCCGCUGUAGUGACGUUGCACGGCCAGUUAUUUGUACGGGUACCGUUUGAGCAGUCCGAUGGUUAA